AUGGCACAAGUUCUACAAGGAGAUCCGCAAUCGCGAGUAGUGAUGAUGAGAAGCCAGGAAGAAACAGCAUACGCGCCCGAUCCCGCGUGUCACGGCCUCGAGCGCAUUGAUAUUUCUCUCGACAAUGAGGACAGAGUGUUUAUGGGUGGACAAAUACUUACUGGAAAGGUCAUUUUGGAACUUGCCGCACCAAUCGAGGCUCUAGGGAUCCGACUCAGGUGCAGAAGUGACGCACGGGUUUAUUUUACUGAUAGAUCUAUCGGUAUUCGUCGAAAAUUCAGUGCCGAGGAGAGCUAUUUCCUUCUGGAGCCUUAUCUCGUUGGCGAUGGAAAGUCGAAGAGUCAACUGACCAAUGGCAUUUAUCCGUUCAGCAUGGAGCUCCCAGAAAAAACACCAUGCAGUUUCGAAGGUCUUUACGGGCGAAUUCGCUACUCGAUUAGGGCGAUACUACUCAUGUCCAAGGAUAUUGUGUUCUCGACAAAUGCACUACCAUUUACUCUCGCAUCAUUUUGCGAUCUCAAUCAGGACUCACUGGCACCGUUACCUAUUAGCGAGAAUCAAUCCAAGAUCUUUAUUGGACAAAAGGAACCUUUGACAAUAUCUCUAUCGUUACCAGUACGUGGCUUUGUGCCUGGACAGACUGUACCUAUGGAAAUAACUCUUAAAAAUGAAUCCCACAUACGUAUUGCCAAGAUAAGAAUCGUCCUUAAAAAGGUUGUUACAUACAAUGCGAAAGAAAAGUCGAGGAGGCACAAAGAAAUAAUCGUCGAAAUAGCAUUGCCCGUUUCGUCCAAAGAAGAAAUUUAUAAAGAGAAUUUUGACGUACCAUCAAUACCCCCUAGCAGAAUGGAAUUUUGUAAUAUUAUCGAUGUUCGUUAUGCGCUUAAAGUCGAAGCUUGUAUCGACCUUAACGAGUGGUACUACCGCUUAUUGCAGAAAAAUCUCAAAAUUAGAACAACCAUUUUUAUUGGGACAAUACCACUUAAGAAUUACGAGGAUGCCAUUAAUGAAAAUGUUAACGCAUCUAGUGAAUUGAAUAUAAAUGAAAAUAGGUACGUGAAGAGUCAGAUAUAUCGAUCUUCAAAACCGGAAAAAGACGAUCCAACCGGAGAUGAAGAAGAAUGUGACGGAGAGAAUUCACCGUUCUCACCUAUGUAUCGAGUAUAUGCAUUUAAAAAAUUAUCAAAAAAGUAA